GGGGGGCAGGCGAUCCGAGGCGCUGCCAUGGAGACGCCGGUGGCCCGCUGCGUCCUCUACCCGGGGGACGACCGCAGCUUGGAGCCGGGGGCCGCGUUCGCCCCGGGGGAGCGCGCCGGGGGCGCGGGCGGUGCCUCGCAGAGUCCCGGGCAGCUCAGCCCGCAGCCUGCGGAAGUGGCCGCCGCGGGGGAGCGCGCGGCGUCCCCCGCGCUCGCCCCCUGCAGCCUGCGCGCGUCCCUGUGCUUCACGGGCGGCCCCGGCUCCCCGCCGCAGUCGCGGGCCUGCGCGGCCCAGGACGCAGCGGCCUCCCCGCCCUCCCCGCGCCGCGUGGUGCAGACGCAGCGGGAGGUGAGCAGCAGCGCGGCCGCCGGGACCCCCGAGGAGGAGCACGCGUCCUCGGAAGCGCUCAGGACCCCGGAGGAGGAGGAGGAGGAGGAGGAGGGGCGCGCGUCCCCGGGAGAGGAGGAGGAGGCGCAGGACCCGGCGGCCCCCGCGCCCUUGCCGCCCGGGGUGGGCCCGGGCCACGGCGAGCCCGACCUGCUCAUCGAGGUGUCCGGCCGCCGGCUGCGCGCGCACAAGGCGGUGCUGGCCGCGCGCUCCGACUUCUUCCGCGCGCGCGCGUCGCGGGACGUGCUGCGCGUGCGGGGCGUGAGUUUCGCGGCGCUGCGGCUGCUGCUGGCCGACGCGUACAGCGGGCGCAUGGCGGGCGCGCGGCCCGACAACGUGGCCGAGCUGGUGGCCGGCGCGCGCCGCCUGCAGCUGCCGGGCGCCGCGCAGCGCGCCGCGGACGCCGUGGCCGCGCAGCUGGGCCUGGACAACUGCUACGACGUGCUGAGCGCCGCCAAGCGCCAGCGGCUGGGCGAGCUGCGCGACGCGGCGCUGCGCUUCAUGAGCGACCACUACCUGGAGGUGCUGCGCGAGCCGGGGGUCUUCGGGCGCCUGUCGGGCGCCGAGCGCGACCUGCUGCUGCGCCGCCGCCUGCGCGCCGGCCGCGCGCGCCUGCUGGCCGCGGCGCUGGGCGCGGGCGGGGAGCGCGCGGGGAGCCGGCCGCAGAGCCCGGGCGCCGACGCCGACGCCGCCGUCUACUGCCUGGACGAGGCGGCCGGCGCGUGGCGCGAGCUGGCCCGGCUGCCCGCGGGCGCGCCGGCGCGGGGCUGCGGCGUGUGCGUGCUCUGGAACUACGUGUUCGUGGCGGGCGGCGUGCACCCCGCGGGCCCCGACGGCCGCGCGCGCGCCUCCGACCAGGUCUUCUGCUACAACCCAGCCACCGGGCGGUGGAGCGCCGCGCGGCCGCUGCGCCAGGCGCGCUCGCAGCUGCAGCUGCUGGCCCUGGACGGCCACCUGUACGCCGUGGGCGGCGAGUGCCUGCUGAGCGUGGAGCGCUACGACCCGCGCGCCGACCGCUGGAGCGCCGCGGCCCCGCUGCCGCGCGGCGCCUUCGCCGUGGCGCACGCGGCGGCCGCCUGCCACGGCGCCGUCUACGUGUCCGGGGGCUCGCUCUCCUACCGCCUGCUCAAGUACGAGCCGCGGCGCGACGAGUGGCACGAGUGCCCGGGCAGCCCCAGCCGCGAGCGCGCGGCCGACAUGGUGGCCCUGGGCGGCGCCCUGUACCGCUUCGACCUGUGCGGCGGGCGCGGCGCGGCGGCGGGCGCGGUGCGCGUCCUGCGCUACCACUGCCUGGCCAAGCGCUGGAGCCAGGGCGCCGCCGCGCUGCGCCCGCCCGGGCCCGCGCAGCCCUUCCGCUGCGCCGUGCUCGACGGCAGCAUCCUCUGCGUGGGCCGCGCGGGCACCUGGCGCUUCGUGCCCGCGCCCGAGGGCGACGAGUCCGGCGGCAGCUUCCAGCCCGAGCCGCUCGGGGCGCCCCUGGACGUCCGUGGGGUGCUCGUGCCCUUCGUGCUCAGCCUGCCCGAGGAGAAGCCGGAGCGCAGCGAGGAGCCGGACCAGGAGAACGCGGGCGAGAGCGGCGCGGUGUAGCCCCGCGGGCCGAGGGCCCGCCCCGGAGAGGAGCGAGGGGC